CUAGGGGGCGCUCCAGUUGCAACCUGCAACUCGGGGGUCGGAAAGCACCGCGGUUUAACGGAACGUGGCAUUUCUACAAGGGGGCCGGGCGGAGAAACUGUGGAGGCUCCCAACCCCACAUCUGCAUCCACACGCCUCCCUCCGGAGAAACUGCGGAGAAUCUCCGGAGUCCAGUGCAUGUCCGAAAGCCGCAAUAUUGUCAGAAGGAUGUUCGGUGGAGGUCUUGCCCCGGGGCCCUCCUUGGUGGCUCAUCCGCCCAUGCACAGUGCCACUUCCCACAUAACCAGCAAAUCGGCCUGUGACGUGUAGAAUCGGCGGCGUGGCCACGGUUGCUGAGUGCCGGGCUGUCGGCUGCUGCGAGUCGGACUCCCCCGCUGGAGCUCUCCCUGUGGCUCGGCUCGGUCGGGUGUGUUUACCUCCCAGCCGCUGCUGUCCUGUGGCCGGCUGCCACACACACACACACACACACACACACGCGCACACACUCCGCCUUCCGCAGCCUCAACGAGCCCGAGAAACACCGAUGUAAGCGGCCUCGCCUCUCGUCCUUCGCGGGUUCCCUGCAGCGCCGUGUGUUGGUGACCCCGUGGCCGAGGUGGGUUCGACUUCUCUCCGUUAUCCUGUUGUACCGCUCACGAGCUCCGGCGGGCUAGCUAGCACAGCAACUACGGGCGCUAGCACCGUUAGCCUAGCCUGCCCUAGCUUAUCCCGUGAUGGAGGACCGUGAACAUGGCGCCCUCCAAAACAAACGAGCAGUCGUCAUGAAUAAGGAAAUUAUGUCACGUGUGGUGAAGAAGAGGCAGGCAGACCCCAAGGUGGUCCAGUAUGUGUGGGCGGCCAUUGAGGUCAUCCGCAACCAGAAACAAAUCGCAAAUAUGGACAGGAUCUCCAAGUACCUGAGUCGUGUUUUUAGUAUGCACCCUAAGGAGACUGCCAGACAGCUGAGCCUGGCUGUUAAGGACGGCCUGGUGGUGGAGACCCUCACGGUCGGCUGCAAGGGCUCAAAGGCCGGCAUUGAGCAGGAAGGAUACUGGCUACCGGGGGAGGAAAUGUCGAGUCCAUUCCCAAUGAAUCAGGAGCCGAAAGCCGAGGGAAGCAAGGACUGGGAGGCAGAAAGCCACGACUGGUACUGCUUCGAGUGUCACCUACCGGGCGACAUCCUCACGUGCGACAACUGCUUCCGAGUCUACCAUCUCAAGUGUCUGUCGGACGAGUGCAAGCCCAGAGAUGGAGGAUCGCACUGGCAGUGCGUCGCCUGCAGGGGCAGUAAAAAGAAGAACCUGAACAAACAGGACAUGUGUAAAUACCUGCGUUUCAUCGUCCAGCGUAUGAAGGAGAGGGCAGUGGACCUGAACAAGAAAGGCAAAGACAUUAAACAUCCCAUGUACAGACGGCUGAUCCACACUGCACUGGACGUCUCCAACAUCCAAGAGAACCUGUCUGAGGGAAAGUAUAAGAACUUUGAUGAGUUCAAAGCAGACGCUCAGCUGAUUGUUCACAACACUUCCAUCUUGUAUGGAGUUCACAGCGACCAGGCAGAGAUCGCACGGUUGCUCUUCAGCGACACAUGUCACGAGUUGAACGAGUUGUUGUUGUGUAAGAACUGCUUCUACCUGUCGAACGCCCGGCCCGACAACUGGUUCUGUUACCCCUGUAGCCCCAGUCAUGACCUGGUCUGGGCGAAGAUGAAGGGUUUUGGCUACUGGCCGGCCAAAGUACUGCAGCGGGAGGACAACCAGGUGGACGUGCGCUUCUUCGGACACCAGCACCAGAGAGCCUGGAUUCCUGCAGACAACAUACAGGACAUCAAGGUGAGUGUCCAGCAGCUGCAGGUGAAGCGCAGCAAUGGUUGGAAGAAGGCGUGCGAGGAGCUUGAGGUUUACCAGCGUUUCCUGAGGGAGGGACGCUACUGGAAAACAAAGAUGGAGGAAAGCAGCCUGCCACACCAGCCCCAUCAACAGAGCCAGCAGCAGCAGCAGCAGCAGCUGCAGGAAGAGGAGGAGGAGGAGGAGGACGAGGUGGAGGUGGAGGAGGACGAGGAGGAGGGCGGCGGUGGUGGUGGUGGUGGAGGCGGCGGCGGCGGCGGCGGCGCCGCGAGGUCCGAUAGACUGGAGCGGACAGACGAAGCCGAGUCGAGCAUCUCCUCCACGAGCAACGAGCAGGUCCGACAUCUCAAAAGCAGUCAGGAGCCAAAGGCGAAGAAAAGUCGUCGGUCUCAAAUGGUUGAGCCCAAAGAGGAAGCCAGUGUAAGUUUGUUUGUCAACAAUCCAACGGACCCGGAGCCCGAGAUGGAGGCAGUGAGCUCCAGCCAGGAGAUUCCCGUGUCCUCAGCGCCGCAGCAGCCUGAGAAGCUGUCGGUGUCGACGCAGACCAAGAAGGCCAGCGGAGGGUCGCCGCGCACGCUGCACCGCGGCACCCAGACCAACAGCGACGGCGCCUGCCAGAACAUGUGCCACGAGAAAUACACCAAGGUCUUCAACGACGUCAAAGAGAUGAUGAAGGCAGACAACAAGAGGGAAACGGAGAGGGUCGUCCGAGAAGCGCUGGAAAAGCUCCGAGCAGAGAUGGAAGAGGAGAAGCGUCAGGCGGUGACGAAGGCGGUGGCCGGAUCUCAAGCGGAGAUGGAGAGGAAGUGUAAGCAGGUGAAGGAGAAGUGUAAAGAGGAGCUGGUGGAGGAGGUGAAGAAGCUGGUGGCCCAACACAAACAGCUCAUCUCCCAGACCAAGAAGAAACAGUGGUGUUAUAACUGUGAGGAGGAGGCCAUGUACCACUGCUGCUGGAACACCUCGUACUGCUCCAUCAAGUGUCAGCAGGAGCACUGGCACGCCGACCACAAACGAACCUGCCGCCGGAAGAGAUGAGCGAUGAAGCCCCGCCCUCUCUGACCCCUGCACAGCUCGCCAAUGGCUCUCGCCCUCUCCGUCGCCUGUCAGUCAGUGUCUACAACACACACACCCACACACACCCCCCCCCACCCUCCUUCCUGCUUCUCUACUUGCCUUCCUGAAAACUUUGUGGACCCGAAUCUCUGCUUGGGACGAGCGAUUGGUUCUGUUUCUGUUAUUUAAUGUACCCAUUGUAUUGAUUUCUCUUCUCGUGAACAGAUCGUUGGAGAGUUCGGCUCAAACGAGCCCUGGUCUGACUUUUAUGCUUCUUUUGAGUUUUUAUUCUUUUCCUUUACUGAAGUGCUAAUUUUGAGCUUGUGUCAGAGAAUGUGUUAUUUAAGUGUGUAGUAACAGAUGAGCAUUAACAGAAGACAUUUUAUUACCUGAAUUUUUUAAAAGAGUCAUUUUUCUUACUGUAAAUGCAACAAAUACACACUGUCGAACCCCCCACUGUAAGUACUACCGCUGCAUUGACCGAGCUCUGCUUUCAUAGAGAAAACUUCCUGAAAAACUACAAAAAACUGCAUAAGGUGUCGACGUGUGGAUGCUCACUCUGUUUUUCUUUUCACGAGGCGCUUGUGGUGAAUAGCACCUUUUAUCAUUUCUACCUAAAAUCAAGGCUUAUUGGGAACAGGGUCAUGAGUUCGGCUUUAAAAGACGCCAGCAAAAAAUAUCUUCCAUGUAUUAUUAUUGAUAUUAUAAUUAAUAUUAUGCAAUUUUUCCUUCUUUUUUUUAACAGACACAUUUUAAUGAGUCAGGUAUUAAAAUUAAAUGUGAAAAAUCCUUUUUUUCGCUGCUCUAAAUUGGGAAAAUGUAGAACAAUCUUUCUUGAGCUGGAUCUUAGAGAGGUUCCAUGAUUUGACCGUUUUUCCACAUACUUUUUUGCACAUUUCAUUUUGUUGACAGCCCAAAUAUGUGUAACCCCCCCCCCCUCUCCCAGAAAAACCAGAAGACCUGGUGAGUCCUCCCGUCCCGGCUUUGCUUUGUAUAUUUUUCCGAGCGUCGUAAGUGUAAUUUUUAUAAUAUGAUAUACACUCGAAAUGCAUCUUUUCCUUUUUUUUAAUCUGACGUGUAAGUAAAGCUCCGAGACUCUUUCACUGCUCGUGCUGUCGUUGGUGGUCAGUGCCUGUUUCUCAUCUUCAUGCAUGUUGAUAGUUCCAUCGUCUUUUUUUCAUUCAUCGCGGUAAAAGAAAACAACAAAUAAAAAAUUAAGAAGACGGAUGGACCAAUAUAAAACAUUAUGCAAAUGUGAAUGAUCAAAUCAAUCUUUUCUAUUCUUCUCCCUGAGAUGGAGGUCGAUUGUUUAUACCUUUGGUGCUUGGAUUUUUUUUUUUUCCUUCCUCAAUGCGGCAAUAAAAUUGCCAGGUUUUGAUUUUUAGAAGUGCGACACUUUUAAAGUUUGACUGUUUCCUCAGUUAUGAAGAUUGACUGAACGGAGGAAAAAUAAUAAUUCACCUUCUCUGUACAGAUCCUUUUCUUUUUCUAAACCCGCUUUGGUUUGUGCUGCUGGUGACGUGUGGAGAAUAAAGCACCGUACAUGUUCACAUAGUGGGCAGAACCAGGCUUUUAUUUCUGGUUGUGUGGUAAAUGAAAAGUGAACUCUGAGUUAAGGUGGUAUACUUGUGCCGUGUGCCCAUUCUAUAGCACAUGCUAACUGUACGUUAUGAACUAUAUAUUGAUGUUGCUUUUCAUUCUGUACCAACAGGAAAUCAAAAUGCUCAAUAAAAACUAAACGAAGGCAAAACACCAUGAGCCUCCUGCGGGAACAUGUUUGAGUUUCUUACUUCAGCUUCCUGCGUCUGGGUUUCCCUGAUUAUACCACAUAAAAGGUAAAAAGACAAACUUUCCGCGUUGGGAGAUUGGAAUCCUGGUUUCACAGAUGCAGAAAGUUAAAGUCCAGACUUUUUAAGCAGAGUCAAAAGUGGAAUUAGAGCAGCGCCGGUGAUGCUGUGUCGCCUGUGGGUCGCCCCGGCUCUGAAAUUCAGGAAAAAGGGUUUGAUAUCAAAGUAAGAGAAUAUUGAAUUAUGGGCUGCAUGGCGACGAUGGACAAUUGACAAGUCCAGCCGCCAUCUCAGUUACACAGCUUUGAUUAUGGGAUAUUUCUAGCGGCAGAUUUCGUAUUUCUGGAGGCCGAAGGUGCGUGUGGAGUGUUGGGUUGAAUAAACGACGACGUGUGUGUGUGUGUGUGUGUUGAAAACAGACACACAACCAACCGCAGUGUUGUCGCAACAGCGCGACUCACGUGAUGCAACAGUGAAGCCCUGAUACGAUUCUGCAGGUUUUGGAAACACAGAAGUCUUUAAAGUAUUGGAGCGAACAAUGUGAUUAUUAUCGUUGGUCCCCUGUCGGAGAAUUUACUGUCACGACGCCUGAUUUCUAAACCUGGUCUUUUGUUUUGAAAUUCGUUUCGAGCGCAUCACUCUAACAUGUCAGCCGUCGUCGUGCCGUUCUGCCACCGUUUCACUUUUCUGAACGUUUUCUUCAUCUCAUGUUUUAUCACAGUUCUCCUCCGAGUUUCGGCAUCAAACGUUUUCUUUUCGUCGUCAUUGCACUACAUGUAAAUAAAAUGUCUCCGUCACAUGAUAUGUACAUUGUAAAUGAAUUCACAAAUAUUGGAUUUCAGCUGUUCUCUUCUGGAUGACUGUUAGUUUUAGUUUUGUACAAUGUACAACCGUAAUCAUGAGCUGUGUGUCAUUUUCAGCAUGUCUGUGUCUCAGUUUCUCUUUUUGUUAUUAUUUCAAACACCGUGAACCACACUGCACCUUCAACGUAUCCCAGUGAUUCAAUGUGUUGGUUUUUAACAUACUGUUGAAAACCAACUCAUAAGUGCAUGACACAUUUUACGUGACGCUGCGAAGCCGCUUCUCUUUUACUGUUUUUAUAUUCGUCCAUCCAGCCGUAAAGAUUUCAGUGAAUUUAGUUUGUUUUCCGCUAUGUGGAAAAGAAAAUUGAUGUCAUUCCAGUUUGUAUCUCUGGUUUUUAAACUGCAUGAGUAAAGGUGUGUAUCUGUGGCUCCUUAUUCUGUUUUCCCUCGUGUGAAGAAGAGAUUUUUGCACUUCCUCAGAGUAAUGCAAUAUGACAAUGAUGUUUUUUUUCAUUUUUUUGGGAAAUUCACUUAAGCUAAAUCACAUUUUCAAAUCGGUUUCAGCUUGAAACUUCAGCAAAUCAAUGACACGGUCGACCAGACCCAGACUUUUCACUGUUUCUAUUCCCUCAGUACGUGAUACGGUGUGAGUACUAUAUGAAAUCCUGCUUAUACCUACAGAGUAUAGUUACUUUUAACUGGAAUAAUUCUAGUUAAAACUUGGUUUGUCCUCAUCUCCUGGAGAUCAUGUUCUUCUGUUCUGUCCAUAUGUAAACUAUUAAUCGUGGCUUAACAUUUUCUAUGCUCCUGAUAUUUCUUUUUUGAUGCUGUAGCCAGCAAUAUGUAUAUAAAUAUAUUCUAUGUGCUAACAUGGAGGAAAUAAAUGUAUCAAAAAUGUC